AAGCACAAAGUGUAUUACACCCUCUGUUUCCUGUUUUCAAAUCCACAACUUUUGCUUACACUGACAGCCGCCACUCCACUACCAGCCGACGACAAUGGCUUCACUCUCUCUUUCGCGCCACCCUCACCUCUUCUCCUCCGCCCUCCCAACCCGACCCAAACCCAGAUUCGCGGCGGGCCCCACUAAGAUCCGAAUGUCCCUUCAAGAAAACGCCCCCUCCAUCGCCAUCGUCGGUGUCACCGGCGCCGUCGGCCAAGAGUUUCUCUCCGUCCUCUCCGACCGCGACUUCCCCUACCGCUCCAUCAAGAUGCUCGCCUCCAAGCGCUCCGCCGGCCGCCGCCUCACAUUCGAGGACAAGGACUACGUCGUCGAGGAGCUCACGCCGGAGAGCUUCGACGGCGUCGACAUUGCCCUCUUCAGCGCCGGUGGUUCCAUCAGCAGGGAGUUUGGACCCAUCGCUGUGGAACGAGGAACCGUCGUGGUCGACAAUAGCUCCGCGUUUCGAAUGGAUGAGACGGUGCCGCUGGUGAUUCCUGAGGUGAACCCUGAAGCCAUGGAAGGUAUCAAGCUUGGAACAGGGAAAGGUGCCCUCAUUGCCAACCCUAAUUGCUCCACCAUUAUCUGCUUAAUGGCUGCUACCCCUCUUCAUCGAAGAGCUAAGGUGUUGCGUAUGGUUGUUAGUACCUAUCAGGCUGCUAGUGGUGCUGGUGCUGCUGCAAUGGAAGAGCUUGAGCUGCAAACUCGUGAGGUAUUAGAAGGAAAAUCGCCGACAUGUAAAAUAUUUAGGGAGCAGUAUGCUUUUAAUAUAUUCUCUCACAAUGCAUCUGUUCUUUCAAACGGAUAUAAUGAAGAAGAAAUGAAAAUGGUCAAGGAAACAAGAAAAAUCUGGAAUGACAAGGACGUUAAAGUUACUGCUACAUGUAUACGAGUUCCUGUCAUGCGAGCUCAUGCUGAGAGUGUGAAUCUUCAAUUUGAGAGACCCCUAGAUGAGGACACUGCAAGAGAGAUUCUGAAGAAUGCUCCAGGUGUAGUGGUAAUUGAUGACCGUGAAGCCAACCAUUUUCCAACUCCAUUGGAAGUGUCUAAUAAGGAUGAUGUUGCUGUUGGUAGGAUUCGCCGUGACCUGUCACAAGAUGGGAAUCAAGGGUUGGACAUAUUUGUAUGCGGGGAUCAAAUUCGUAAGGGAGCUGCACUUAACGCAAUUCAGAUUGCAGAGAUGUUGCUAUGAGUUCUUAUUCUAGGCUCUGGUAUUUAUAGAUUAUGCUUCUUUGAGUCAGUUUUGUAUCUGCUAGUUGCGAGCCCUUUUUCAUUUUUGUUCAUCUAGUCUAAGGAUCCCUUCAAGCUUGUGGUAGUUAUCUUGAAACAGAUUAUUUUCUUGCACACUUAAGCAUUGGUUUUGGCAAGGGAGACAUUUCCCACAUUUCUUUGA